AACGACAUUAUUUCAAUUAUUAUUUAGGACAAUUCCCUUGGGAACUAUGCGCUCACGGGAUUUUGAAAAGUUCUAGAGCGCAUCCCUUGUUUCCCACGGUUGAAGUGGGCGGGACGGUACGGGAGCCGUUUAAAAAUCUGGGAAAUUCAAACCAGCUACUGGACAACACUACCGGAGAAAUUUCCGCGUAUUUUGAAAACUAACUGGUUUUCAGAUUUAAGACACUAUGCCGUCUCUUCUAGUGAGCUGUGAAGAACUAUUUCAAACCAAUGAUCUCUAUUCUGUGUUAGGACUGGAGAAAUCAGCCUCCAGUCAACAAAUAAAGAAGGCAUAUCACAAGAAAUCUCUGGAAGUUCACCCUGACCGUGUAGGUGAGGUAGACCGAGACCUUUGUACUAAAAAGUUCCAGUGUAUCGGAGCUGUUUACGCGAUUCUUACGGAUGAGGGAAGACGAGGACUGUAUGACGAGUGUAGAGAGGUGGAUGAUGAAAAUGAUCCUCUGCAACAGAAUAAGGACUGGGAGGAGUACUGGCGGGUUCUUUUCCCCAAGGUCACUGUGAAAGACAUCCAGGAAUUUGAGAAGAAAUAUAAAGGAUCUGAAGAGGAGAAGGAAGACUUAAAGAAAGCUUAUUUAGAGGGUGAAGGAAGCAUGGAUUUUAUCCUGGACAGUGUCCUGCUCUGCAGUGUUGAGGAUGAGGACAGGUUCAGGGAGAUCAUCGACCAGAUGAUAAAGAAGAAGGAGGUCAAGAAGUUUAAGGCAUAUUCAACCGAAGAUAAGAAAGCUGUGAAUGCUAGGAAAAGAGCUGCUAAAAAAGAAGCAGAUGAAGCAGAACAGGCCAGAAAAGAAAUGGGACUGGAUGAUACAGAUGACAGUUUAAAGAGUUUGAUACUGGCCCGACAACAGUACCGAGGUCAACAGGUAAAAUAACUUUCUAAAAAGUGA